CAUGAUGUUGGUCCCCUCCCUGCUCCAAGCAGGCACCCCUGAGAAGGGCUGCCUCCUCCUCAGCCGUCUAAAUGAGACAGUGUCUGUGAGUGCUUUCAUGGAGUCUGUCCAGGGAAACCAAAGCCUCUUCACCGACCUGGUGGUCUACAAGGACUUAUUCCAGUGUGUCACCUUCACUGUCCCACGGUCUUUGUCCAAUGAGGUGAUGUUCCUCACUGUUCAAGUAAAAGGACCAACUCAUGAAUUCAGGAAGCGGAGCACAGUGCUGAUUCAGAAUAAAGAGAGUCUGAUCUUUGUCCAGACUGACAAACCCAUCUACAAACCAGGACAGACAGUGCAAUUUCGUGUUGUCUCAUUGGAUGAAAAUUUUCAUCCCCUUAAUGAAUUGAUUCCUCUACUAUACAUUCAGGACCCCAAAGGAAAUCACAUUGCACAAUGGCAGAAUUUCAGGUUAGAGAGUGGCCUUGAAGAGUUGUCCUUUCCCCUCUCCUCAGAGCCCCCUCAGGGCUCCUACAAGAUGGUGAUACGGACAGACACAGGCAGGACCAUAGAGCACUCCUUCUCCGUGGAGGAACUCGUGCUUCCCAAGUUUGAAGUGACUGUGACAGUGCCAGAGAUAAUCACCAUCCUGGAAGAAGUGAUGAAUGUGUCCGUGUGUGGCAUAUAUACCUACGGGAAGCCUGUUCCGGGACAUGUGACUGUGAGCAUUUGUAGAAAGUACAGUCAUCCUUCUAGCUGCUUUGGUGAAGAGUCCUUGGCUUUCUGUGAGAAAUUCAGUGAACAGCUAGACAGCCAGGGCUGCUUCUCGCAGCUCGUGAAAACCAAAGCUUUCCAACUUAAGAGGCAAGAAUAUGAGAUGCAGCUUGAAGUGAAUGCUGAGAUCCAAGAACAAGGAACAGAUGUGGAAAGAACUGGAAAAGCGUCCACUAGAAUCACAAAAGUCUUAACCAAUCUGUCAUUUGUGGAUGUGGACUCACAUUUCAGACACGGGAUCCCAUUUGUUGGACAGGUGCUCUUGGUAGAUGGGAAAGGAACCCCUAUCCCAUAUGAAAUGAUCUUCAUCGAAGCAAAUGAAGCAAACUAUCACUCGAAUGCUACCACUGAUAAGAAUGGCCGGGUGCAUUUCUCCAUUAACACCAACAACAUCAUGGGCGCCUCCCUAACUGUCAUGGCCAAAUACAAGGAUAACCAUGUCUGUUAUGGGUUCAAAUGGUUAGCGGGGGAGAAUGUGAAGGCGCAGUACACUGCCAAUGCAGUUUUCUCACCAAGCAAAAGCUUCGUGCACCUGGAGUCCAUACAUAAUAAACUGUCCUGCGACAAAACACUGCAUGUCCAGGCACAUUAUAUCCUCAACGGAGACGCUGUGCAGGAGCUGAAGGAACUGGUCUUCUAUUACCUGAUAAUGGCAAAGGGAGGCAUUAUCGUAUCCGGGACUCACCAACUGCCUAUGGAGCAAGGGGAAGACACGAGAGGCCAUUUCUCCAUAUUCAUCCCAGUGGAGCCAGACCUGGCUCCUGUGGCUCGACUGCUCCUUUAUCUCAUUCUGCCCGAUGGUGAAAUAGUUGCAGACACAGUCAAAUAUGAGAUUGGAAGCUGUAUGGCCAACAAGGUGGAUUUGAGCUUCAGUCCAAAUAAAGGUCUUCCAGGCGCUCAUACCUUCCUUAGUGUCACAGCUUCUCCACAGUCCCUCUGUGCUUUGCGAGCUGUGGACCAAAAUGUGCUGCUUAUGAAGCCUGUGGCUGAGCUCUCUCCAUCCUCGGUUUAUGAUCUGCUCCCAGUGAAAGACCUCACUGGCUUCCCUGAGGGUAUAGAUCUGGAGGAAGAAGGCAACAAAGAUUGCAUCAAGCAAAACAGCAUGUACAUUAAUGGCAUCCUGUAUUCCCCAGUGGAGAAUACGAAUGAAGCAGACAUGUAUGGCUUCCUAAAGGAUAUGGGGUUGAAGGUAUUCACCAACUCAGAUAUCCGUAAACCUAAAGUCUGUGAACGGCCCAAAGGCAGCAAAAGAGUGCCAGCUGCUUACAAAUUCUUAGGCCAAAACCCCAUGGAGGAUUUUCUAGAGGCUUCUCAGUCUCCCAAGGAAACUAUACGAAAAUACUUCCCUGAGACCUGGAUCUGGGACUUGGCAGUUGUGGACUCAACAGGAAUAACUGAAAUGGACUUUAUAGCACCUAACACCAUGACUGAAUGGAAGGCCGAAGCCUUCUGCUUGUCCAAUGACACUGGACUGGGCCUGUCUCCUGUGAUCUAUUUCCAAGCCUUCCAGCCCUUCUUAGUGGAGCUCGCGAUGCCCUACUCUGUGAUCCGUGGAGAAGCCUUCACGCUCAAGGCCACUGUGCUGAACUACCUCCCUACAUGCAUCCGGGUUGCUGUGCAGCUAGAGGCUUCUCCUUAUUUCCUAACUGCACCAGUGGAAAAGGAACAAGCGUCUCACUGCAUCUGUGUGAAUGAGCAUCACACUGUGUUCUGGGUAGUAACCUCAAAGUCAUUAGGAAAUGUGAAUUUUACUGUGAAUGCAGAGGCACUCAACUCUCAGGAGCUAUGUGGGAAUGAAGUACCAGGGGUCCCUGAAAAUGGAAAGAAAAACACAGUCAUCAAGUCUCUGUUGGUGGAACCUGAAGGUGUAGAGACUGAGGUGACAUUCAACAGUCUGCAUUGUCCAAUGGGUUCUGAGGAGUCUGAACAGACAAUCCUGAAGCUGCCACCAGAUGUGGUAGAGGACUCUGCCCGAGCCUCUAUUAGAGUUUGGGGAGAUAUAUUGGGUUCUGCCAUGCAAAACACACAGGAUCUCCUUAAGAUGCCCUAUGGCAGUGGAGAACAGAAUAUGGCCUUGUUUGCUCCUAAUAUCUACAUCCUGGAUUAUCUGAAUGAAACACAGCAGCUGACCCCGGAGAUCAAGGACAAGGCUAUUGACUAUCUCAAUAUGGGGUACCAAAGGCAGUUAAACUACAAGCACCAGGAAGGCUCCUACAGCACCUUCGGGGAUAAACCUGGCGAGAAUCGUGCCAGUACCUGGCUCACAGCCUUCGUACUGAAGAGUUUUGCUCAGGCUCGAAAAUAUAUCUUCAUCCAAGAAGCACACAUCACCCAAGCCCUUCUCUGGCUCUCCCAUCAGCAAAAGGACAAUGGCUGUUUCAGGAGCUCUGGGUCCCCGCUCAACAAUGCGAUAAAGGGAGAGGCAGACGAUGAAGUCACCUUGUCUGCCUAUAUCACCAUUGCUCUACUGGAGAUGUCUCUCCCUGUCACCCAUACUGUUAUCCGCAAUGGCCUCUUUUGCCUGGACACAGCCUGGAAGUCAACAAAGAAAGGAGCUCACAGUGCCCAUGUCUACACUAAGGCGCUGCUGGCCUAUGCAUUUGCCCUUGCUGGGAACAAGGCCAUGAGGAAAGAGAUACUGAAAUCACUAGAUGCAGAAUCUGUAAAAGAAGACAUUUCCAUCCACUGGGCAAGACCUCAGAAAUCCAUGGUGCCAGCGGGCCUUUGGUUCCAGCCUCAGGCCCCCUCUGCUGAGAUAGAGAUAACUGCUUAUGUGCUCCUUGCCUAUCUAACCGCCCAGCCUGCUCCAUCCAAAGAGGACCUGGCUGUUGCAAUGCUCAUCGUCAAGUGGCUCACAAAGCAGCAGAAUUCCCACGGUGGCUUCGCCUCCACUCAGGACACUGUGGUGGCUCUCCAUGCUUUGUCCAAAUAUGGAGCAAUUACUUUCAAAAGAGCUAAGAAAGCUACACAGGUGACCAUCUGUUCUUCAGAUUCAUUUUCUACAAAAUUCCAAGUGAACAAUGGCAACCAAUUAUUACUACAGAAGGUCAAGUUGCCAGCUGUGCCUGGGGCUUACACUGCAAGGGUGACCGGAGAAGGUUGUGUGUACCUCCAGACGACCUUGAAAUACAAUGUCAUCCCGAAAGAGAAGGUUUUCCCGUUUGCUUUAGUGGUCCAGACUCUGCCUGGGACUUGUGAUGAUCACAAAGCUCACACCAGCUUCCAGAUCUCACUGAACAUCAGUUACACCGGAAGCCGUUCUGACUCCAACAUGGCAAUUGCUGAUGUGAAGAUGGUGUCUGGCUUUGUCCCCUUGAAGCCAACAGUGAAGAUGCUUGAAAACUCUGUGAAUGUGAGCCGGACAGACAUCAGCAAUAACCAUGUCUUGAUUUACUUGAAUAAGGUGUCAGGUCAGACCUUAAGCUUGACCUUCACAGUUCAGCAAAAUGUUCCAGUAAGAGACCCGAGGCCAGCCAUAGUGAAAGUCUAUGAUUACUACGAGAAAGAUGAGUUUGCAGUCACUGAGUACAGUGCUCCUUGCAGCAAAGAUUAUGGAAAUGACUGAGGACACCAUGAAUAAAAAUGUUUUACUUGGAGCCCUGUUCUUAGGAUUUCAUAAGAAAAACAGUGUUUUUGUAUUUCCAGAGAUUUGAUAAAUAAAACAUUUUUCAUAUCUAUUA